GCGGUGGCGGUGGGGGCGAGGGGCACGGGCUACGAGCAUGGACGUUUCGGGGCAGGAGACCGACUGGCGUAGCGCCGCCUUUCGGCAGAAACUGGUUAGCCAAAUAACCACCGGAGAAACUAUUCUUAGAUCCUCCUGAGCAGGGUUUUGUGGAGCUUCCUUGACGGAUUCAUGUUGCAUGUCCCUGGUCUUCAGGCUCUUAGAGAACAAGUAUGCACCUGUCCUGACAUGUCCAUACCUAGCAUCAGUGAGGAUGCCAUGAGGAAAGCUGGUGUGGCCCACAGUAAAUCUAGCAAGGAUAUGGAGAGUCAUGUGUUCCUGAAGGCCAAGACCCGGGAUGAAUACCUUUCCCUUGUGGCCCGGCUCAUUAUCCAUUUCAGAGAUAUUCAUAACAAGAAAUCACAAGCUUCUGUCAGUGACCCCAUGAAUGCACUGCAGAGCCUUACUGGUGGACCCACUCCAGGAGCAACUGGAAUUGGCAUGCCUCCUCGGGGCCCAGGACAGUCCCUAGGCGGGAUGGGUGGCCUUGGCGCCAUGGGACAGCCAAUGCCCAUCUCUGGGCAGCCACCCCCUGGAACCUCUGGGAUGGCCCCUCAUGGCAUGGCUGUGGUAUCUACAGCAACUCCACAGACUCAGCUGCAGCUCCAGCAAGUGGCAUUACAGCAACAGCAGCAGCAGCAGCAGCAGCAACAGCAGCAGUUCCAGCAGCAGCAGGUAGCACUGCAACAGCAGCAACAACAGCAGCAGCAGCAGCAACAGCAAUUCCAGGCACAACAGAAUGUCAUGCAGCAACAGUUCCAAGCAGUAGUGCAGCAGCAGCAGCAUCUCCAGCAGCAGCAGCAGCAACACCUGAUUAAGUUGCAUCACCAAAGUCAGCAACAACAGAUCCAACAGCAGCAACUGCAGAGGAUGGCACAAUUGCAGCUGCAGCAGCAGCAACAACAGCAACAGCAGCAAGCUUUGCAGGCCCAACCACCAAUGCAGCAGCCACCAAUGCAGCAGCCACAGCCUCCCCCUUCUCAGGCCCUACCCCAGCAGCUGCAACAGAUGCAUCAUCCACAGCAUCACCAGCCACCACCUCAGGCCCAGCAGUCCCCAGUUGCUCAGAACCAACCACCACAACUCCCACCACAGUCACAAAGCCAGCCUUUGGUGUCACAAGCACAAGCCCUCCCUGGACAAAUGCUGUAUGCUGCCCAACAACAGCUGAAAUUUGUCCGUGCUCCGAUGGUGGUCCAGCAGCCGCAGGUGCAGCCCCAGGUGCAGCAGGUGCAGCCCCAGGUGCAGCAGCAGGCGGCAGUGCAGACAGCACAGGCUGCCCAGAUGGUAGCUCCCGGCGUCCAGAUGAUUGCUGAAGCCUUGGUCCAAGGCGGGAUGCACGUAAGAGCCCGGUUCCCGCCCACCUCCGCCAUGUCUGCUGGCCCGUCAAGCUCCAUCUCUUUGGGCAGACAGCCCACAGCACAGGUCAGCCAAAGCAACCUCACCAUGCUGUCCUCACCAUCACCGGGCCAGCAGGUGCAGACCCCACAGUCGAUGCCCCCUCCUCCACAGCCCUCCCCGCAACCUGGCUCACAGCCCAACUCCAAUGUCAGCUCCGGCCCUGCCCCAUCCCCCAGCAGCUUCCUGCCUAGCCCCUCACCACAGCCUUCUCAGAGCCCAGUGACAGCACGCACCCCACAGAACUUCAGCGUCCCCUCCCCUGGACCUUUAAACACCCCUGUGAACCCCAGCUCUGUCAUGAGCCCAGCUGGCUCCAGCCAGGCUGAAGAACAACAGUAUCUGGACAAGCUGAAGCAGUUGUCCAAGUACAUUGAGCCCCUGCGACGCAUGAUCAACAAGAUCGACAAGAAUGAAGACAGAAAAAAGGACCUCAGUAAGAUGAAGAGCCUGCUGGACAUUCUCACUGACCCCUCUAAGCGGUGUCCCCUGAAGACCUUGCAGAAGUGUGAGAUUGCCCUGGAGAAACUCAAGAAUGACAUGGCGGUGCCCACACCCCCACCACCUCCAGUUCUUCCAACCAAACAGCAGGACCUGUGCCAGCCACUCCUAGAUGCAGUCCUGGCCAACAUCCGUUCACCUGUCUUCAACCAUUCCCUGUACCGCACAUUCGUGCCAGCCAUGAUGGCCAUCCAUGGCCCACCUAUUGUGUCCCCAGUGGUAUGUUCCCGGAAGCGCAAAUUUGAGGAGGACGAGCGGCAGAGCAUCCCCAAUGUGCUGCAAGGUGAAGUGGCCAGGUUGGACCCCAAGUUCCUGGUGAACUUGGACCCUUCUCACUGUAGCAACAACGGCGCUGUCCACCUGAUCUGCAAGCUGGAUGACAAGGACCUCCCUAGUGUGCCACCUCUGGAGCUCAGUGUGCCUGCUGACUACCCUGCUCAGAGCCCAAUGUGGAUUGACCGUCAGUGGCAGUAUGAUGCCAACCCCUUUCUGCAGUCAGUGCACCGGUGCAUGACCUCCAGGCUGCUGCAGCUUCCCGACAAACACUCUGUCACAGCCCUGCUCAACACCUGGGCGCAGAGCAUCCACCAGGCCUGCCUCUCCGCUGCGUAGCAAACUGAACUUGAGGACCAGCAGCAGUCCCUGCUGUGGAGUUCACACCACCUACCAUAUGUUACUGGGGGUUGGCUUCCUAGAGGGUCUGGCUUAGGCUAGCUUUCCUGCUUCUCCUUCUGUCUCGGGACUGUCAGAUGUUUCCCCAUGCUUGUGCAGUAUUGACCAGAGAGCUGUGGAGCUGGCUGCAUGAGGGUCUGGGAUGUUCCCAGGAAGACCUUUCAUUGGUUUCUUCCAGAAGUCAGGCCCAACACUUCCUACAGCCAUGCUUUCUACAGCCUUCCUGGGCUCCGUGUCCACUCAGCAGCAUGAGAACUCAGGUCCCAUCUAAGUGUCUCUGUGUCACAGUACACUGUACUUGUGUCUGGAGAAUGUCAAGGACAUAGGAAACUCUCACUAUACACACAGCUCUCCAGUCACAGUGUGGGGUUCAGGUUGUGCCUUAUAAGGUACAUGGACACCUCAUUAUGAAUACUUCUGAAUCUAGGGCCCAGGUUUCAGUUUGAAGGAAAGGCCAGUAAGGCAGCGGCGGCGGCAGGUUCUCUGCUGCUAGCAGGACCUCAGCUUCAUGGAUCUCCUCAGUGCUGUGAGAAGGACCAGCUGGGGCGGGGGCUGCCCCUGACAUUCCUGUGCCACUCUUGGGUGAAGGGCCUUUGUCAGUGCUAUGUGAGACAUGAGUGGCUGGUCAGAUACUGUCAUUGGGACCCACAGCCUCAGAACACCGUCUUCUUAUUCUCUGUACCGCCACCAGGAGCAUGGGCUUCCUUCAGAACGCUACCCUAAGGCACUUGCCACGCUGGGCCGUAAUGGGUACCGCUCUGGUGAAAAGAAAUUUCCUCUUUUUAUAUGUGCACUACUCUGUUAUAUGAUUCUUAUAAUAAAUUUAUUAUUCCUGUGUUUGUCAGGA